AUGACAACCGUGAUCGAAACCUGCCGUAUUCUGCCUUCACAAGGCGGCGCCGCCGAGCUGUUCCUGCCGCUCUCCUUCUUCGACAUGUAUUGGCUGCAUUUCAAUCACACCCGCCGCCUCAUCUUCUACAGCCAUCCAUGUUCCGAAUCUGAAUUCUCCAACACCAUUGUUCCAAACCUCAAACACUCUCUCUCUUUAGCUCUCAAACACUAUCUCCUUGUCGCCGCAAAUCUCCUCUACCCUCUCCACACCGACGUCUCGAAGCCCGUUUUCCGUUACGUCUCUGGCGACUCCGUCUCACUCACGAUCGCUGUAUCCGGCCUCGAUUUCGAAGAGCUCGUGGCAGAUCACGCUAGAGAAUCCGAUCAGUUCUAUGACCUCCUUCCUCGGACGCCGGCAAUGUCCGAGGACGAAAAUUACAAAAUUAUCCCUCCCAUCUCUCUGCAGGUGACUCUCUUUCCGGGCCGGGGAAUCUGCUUAGGUUUGAGCAAUCACCAUAGCCUCGGCGACGGCAGAUCAAUCAUCGGAUUCAUAAAGGCGUGGGCUGUGAUCAACAAAUUCGGCAAUGAUGAGGAGUUUGUUUCUAGAAACAGAGAAUCUCUGCCGGUUUUCGACAGACCAAAUAGCAAAGAUUCUAGUAGACUUGAUGGAAUAUUCUGGGAUGUGAUGAAGAAGAUUCCUUUCCAGCCGGCGGCGACGCAUCCAUUGCCGACCAAUAGAGUGAGAGCUUCGUUCAUCCUCCGUCAAUCACACAUAAAAAUGCUCAAGAAUCGGAUCUUAUCGGCGAGGCCAAACAUAGAUCGAGUUUCCACUUUUGUGGUUGCGGCAGCCUAUGUCUGGACCACCUUGGCGAAAUCCUUGGGUCUCGCUGGAGAUGAAUAUGAAGAUGUGUUGUUCUAUUUUGUGGCCGACAGCACGGGGCGGCAGAACGCGCUGUUCGAUCCACCAGUGGCGGUGAAUUACUUCGGCAAUUGCUUGGGAAGCGAGAGGGUGAGAGUGGAGCAUCGGAAGUUGGCGGCGGAGGAUGGAUUUGUUGCGGCGGCAGAAGCCAUUGUUGAUGAGAUAAAGACCAAAAUCUACAACUCAAAUGAGUUUCUAAAAAACCCGGAAAAUAUGUUGACGGAGACGUCGAAAUAUAAGGGCAUGAGGUCUUUGGUGGUGACUGGUUCCCCCAAGUUCGAUUACGCGGAGGCGGAUUUCGGUUGGGGAGAGGCUCAGAAGGUGGAGGUUCUGUCGUUGGACGAGGGAUAUCGGAUGUCAAUGUCUAACUCCGGCAACGGCAAUUUGGUCAUUGGUAUGUCACUGAUCAAGGAGGAGAUGGAGGCUUUUGCUUCUAUGUUUGCAACGGGUCUUUAUAUGUGAUGUUUGUCGAUCCCUCCCUCUCUAAAAAUCUACGACGCAGAUGAGUUACUUAAAAGUCUAGAAGAUCGGUUGUCGAUGUCGAAACUUAAGAGGGUUUUCGGGGUUUUGGUGGUGUAUGGUUCGUCCAAGUUUGAAUAUAAGAUACUCCCUCCGUCACUCUGUA